CUGGUAUGUCGUUUCACUACAAAACAAUCCCAAGUCCCAAACACUCUCUCUCGCUCACUCUGCUUCGUCUUCCCUCCUCGAUUCGAAAUUCCAAAAUCCGAUCCAGUCUUCCUUAGGGUUUCUCGUCCCCGCCUCCACCAUGAGCUCCGCCACGGUUCUCGACGAUGAUAAUUAUGCUGCUCAAGAGGUUCGUAGUAUUCAUAAGGAAUCUUUGACGAGCAGUGCACAGAGGAGAAAACUGGCGGAUAUUAGCAAUUUGGGCAGAGAAGAGACGCAGCAGCAAAAUAUGCUCUUCUCUUCUAAAGAAUAUGCUGCGAAGCUUGAAAAGGAGAACAUGACGCUGAUGAAAGCUCUAGCACACAGAAAUAAAAUUAUUGAGCUGAGCGGUGUUGAGAUUCAGAAACUGAGGAUUAACUUACGGAAUGUGCAGGAAAAGAAUUUGCACCUUGCACAGGCUAACAGUCAUAUGUUGGCGGAACUCAAUACAAACAGAGACAGACUCAAGCUACUUCAGCAUGAACUUGGCUGCAAGAAUGUAUUACUCGAAGCCAGGAAAAUGCAGACUGAGGAGCAAGGACUUCUAUCUAGAGAUGACUCUACGAAAGAUAAGGCGCAUGACAUUAAUCACAAAGAUACCAAGAGGAAGCGAAUGUCAAGGAUAAAACCGUCAGAAAGCUCCAUCGUUAAGCCAAUACAGAUUAAAGAGAACGCCAACAGUAAAAGGAGAGUUUCUGGAGUCAUAGAUACUACUGUUAUCCCUGAAGUAACCUGUCAGACUGAAAAUGACGCUGAAAAAGGGUUUGUUUCUCAAGGGACCAACCAAAUUGUUGACAGUAUUGUCAACAGUAAAUUUGUUCUUGAUGCAGCUAACCCCAUAAAAGACGGCGUGCAUAGCAAGAGGCAAUGUGUACGAAGGAAAUCUACCAGGUUUGAUGUUCAAGAAACUGAACAAACGGACGCAGUGCUUGAGAUGGAUGAUGCCAAAGAAACUAAAGAAACCACAAGGAUUUGUUUGAAAAGACGGUCUGCUCGGUUAAGGCCCGAAGAAGUUGAACCAUGUAAAAGCUUCCAUGAGAGAGACGAAGUCAAGGAGACAAUAAAGGGGAGAAGAGUCUCUUCAAGACAACAGUCUGCAAGGUUUGAUUUCCAAGAACCGGAAGUGACUGAAACCGUGAGUGCUGAUGAUGCAAGAAAAGUUUCUGGAGUCAUAGAUACUACUGUUAUCCCCGAAGUAACCUGUCAGACUGAAGAUGACGCUGAAAAAGGGUUUGUUUCUCAAGGGACCAACCAAAUUGUUGACAAUAUUGUCAACAAUAAGUUUGUUAUUGAUGCAGCUAACCCGGUAAAAGACAGUAUGCAUAGCAAGAGGCAAUGUGUGGGAAAGAAAUCUACCAGGUUUGAUGUGCAAGUAGCUGAACAAACAGAAACAGUGCUUGAGAUGGAUGAUGUCAAAGAAACUAAAGAAACCGCAAGGCUUUCUUUGAGAAGAGGGUCAGCUCGGUUAAGGCCCAAAGAAGCUGAACCAUGUAAAAGCUUCCAUGAGAGAGACGAAGUCAAGGAGACGGUCAAGAGAAAAAGAGUCUCUUCAAGACAACAGUCUGCAAGGUUUGAUUUCAAAGAACCGGAAGUGACUGAGACCUUGAGUGCCGAUGAUGCAAGAAGCUUAGUAAGCGAUGGGUCUGAAGCUGUAGAAACAUCUGAAAGCAGACAUGACACAAAAGAUAGAAACGGGACACGCAGGGUCACAACGAGAAGGCAAUCAGCAAAGGGUAAAUCCCAAACAGCUACAGAAACUAAUGGAGCCAUCGAAGAUGUUGUAGUGACAGUCCCGUCUAUAAGCAUCAACACAGUCCAAGAGUGUGAUGUUUUACCAUCGACGGUUUCUCCGGAGGACCAUGAAAAAGAAUCAAAGAACAAGCCUGAAGCUGAGGAAACCGGAGGAAUGAUGAGAAGAACGUCCAUGAGAAGAACAUCGAGACAUGCAGCUGAGAAAGUGCAAUCAUACAGAGAAGUCUCACUUAAAGUAAAGUUGCGGCGAGACUGCUGAAUCUCUCUUGGCCUCUAGCUUAUGUUCUUAAUAUGCUAAAGAUUGUUGGUUCAGUAGCUUACUUCGUGCUUUUGUAUAUCCAAGUCAAAGGUUAUCUUUGACUUCCUCUUCUACUUAAAAACGAUUGUGUAAGCUAAAAAAAAUCUACACUUUUAAUGGGUGUGUGCAUUAGUCAGACUAAGUGACUACUUCUGGUAGUGUUUCUCAUUUCUUGUUUCUGAAAAGUCAACCCUUUGAUUCGAUGACACA